UGGGGCGAUGGUCAACUCCCUGGAUUUCAACUUUUAUAGUUAACGUAUUCUUCCCAAAUGUUUUCUCUUACAGUUUUUGUUAUUACAUUUUUAUUGGUUGAAUAUUGAGCGGAGACGUGCUGUUUCACGCUGCUAUUGUAGAUACUCAUAUUUGAGACGGUUGGGUUCAAUGGCACUUUUUUCUUUGAGGUGAUUUUACAUUUUGCUUCUGUAGUUUGACUGAAAAUAUCAGUAAGUUACAGUUUAAAUGUUUUGGGUCGAGUUGGUUUUGAUGUUUUUGAAGUCUUCUUAUUUAGAGCAAGUGACACAAACUAGUUAAACUGGUUUAAAAAACGGAAUAUGAAUCAAUUUACUCAAAAUUUAGGAAUUUAAUACCAAAAUAGAUAUUUUGUUCAUUACGUCUGUCAUCACUUUUAUGUGAAGUUUUUGUUUUAAAUGAUUUAGCCGUUUUUCUUUUAAAGUCUGGUUCCUCUUAUUUAAUUUCUUUCGUGUUUUUAUGUUGAUAUAAACUAUAUGUUUUUUAAGUGCAGAAACUUUUUUGCUGACACAUUUGGUGAUAGUAAUUCAAAAUCUAAAUAGGAUUUUCCUGACUACAUAAAGGUUAAAUUCUAACAAAUAAAUAAAACUUAUUCGUGAAACAAGCAUCAAAAUCUGUACUUGUAAUUUCCCUGAACCCACACAUACACACACACAGAUACAUACACACACACACACACACAAACACACACAGCUUAAUCAGGUGAACGUGCUUCAGGUGAGCUUCUCACACACCUGAACUGUGGUUGUAUUAAAACCGGGCGAGAAGCUCUGGAUGAAGUGACUGUUUUUGUGUCUGAUGUUUGUGGAGCUUCCUGACUGAGCUGCUGCUUCACAAACGCACGCAGACCCAUGUAGAUACACAUGUUUUAUUUUAUCUGGGUCAUUAGAGAGCAAAGCUGAGUUCUCUCUAGAGCUCCAGCAGCAAAUAUGUUUGCUUAAGUUGUCCGGCUUCCACUUAGUUUUACGUUUUUUUUUUUCUUUCUGCAAGCAUUUUAUUCUCCAUAGAGUUGUUUUUUUUUUUUUUAGCUUUCAGGUUUUGUCAAACUUGAGGUCGAAGAGCCAUGAAGGAGGAGAUCGCUGCCGCCGUGUUCUUCGUGGCUCGACUGGUGAAGAGAUAUGGAUGUCUGGACAACGACAGCAGGGACCGCUUCGCCGCCGCCCUCACCUGCGUCCUGUUUGAGAACUACAAGAACCACUGGCACCCCAACGCACCCACCAAGGGUCAGGCCUACAGGUGUCUCCGUGUGAACCGCAUGCAGCUGCGGGACCCGGUGCUUCAGCAGGCCUGCAGUCGGACCCCAGUGCGCUACGAGGAUCUGGGCCUCCCCCAGGAGCUGACGGUGUGGGUCGACCCUGGAGAGGUGUCCUGCAGGUACGGCGAGCGGAGCACUCCGUUCUGCGUUUCAAUCGUGGACGGCUGCCGCCGCCCGGAUCGGGAAUUUUCCCGCCGAAUUCAUGAAGCCGUUGAGCGGGCGAGCCUCGACGUUCCAUCGGCGAGCUCCUCGGACGAGGACGACAAUGAGGAGGAACGCGACGGAGACAAAAGCGCGAGCAGCUGCAACCUCUCGCAGGUCUGUCCUGCCUCUGUUGCCCCCGGCAACCCCGAGCCCAAAUCCAUCCCAACGGUCAGCAACCCCAACAGCGUCUACCGGUUCAGCGAGUUUUCGCCGGGCGCCCCCCAGACCUGGCUGAGGGAGAAGAGGAAGGCCUUUGCCGUCGACGCGUUCCCCCCUCACCCUCCUCCCCCACCAGUCGUGGGGCCGACCCCCCAGUUCGCCGGCCAGAAAGGCUUCAAGUCCCACCGAGCCACGUUCACCUUUGCCGGGCCUCGGGUCGACAAGUACCACUGGGUCAGCAAAUCCCGAUGACCCGCGGGGGGGAAAAAGAGAUUAAGGACAAUUUACUUUAAAGGAUGAGUUUACUAUGUGUAUGAUUUCUAAAGUGUUUAUGAUGUAAAGUAAUGCUGUUUAAGCAUGUUUUUUAAAACUUCAAAAUAUUCAUGUAUUUUAAAUGAUUAUGCUUCUAUGUUGUUUUUAUAACUAAUAUUGGUUGUAGUGUGAAUAAAGUAACAUUGAACUGUCAUUGAAAAGAAAUAAAUGCGUAUUGUCAGCUCUG